CCGGCGGGACCGCGACCGAGCGACACCGGCGACCGGCGACAUGUUCCGCUACCGCGCGGGCCUGGCGCGCGCCUUGCGUCCCCCGCCGCGGGGACGCGCCCACGCGGGCCCGUUGUUGCAGCGCUGGAAUGUGCCCCCAGACCUGCAGCUGAGCAGACAAAUGGCUAGCACAGGCGUGCCUGGGCAAAAGGGCAGUAAUUCGGUUUUUGUCCUUAUUGUGGGCUUGUCCGCCCUAGGAACGGGUGCCUAUGUGUACAAAACACUGCAGGAGAGCAAAGAGCGAUACGCCAGCCGCAUGUCGAGGAUUGGCAGGCGAUCCCAGGAUGAUGAGUCUGCCUCAGGUGCUGCUCCUGAGGGCACAGCAGCUCCAGGCACUCAUGUCAAGGUCCCAUCCCACGUCCCUUUCCUGCUCAUUGGGGGAGGAACUGCUGCUUUUGCUGCUGCCAGGUCCAUCCGGGCCCGCGACCCCGGAGCGAGGGUGCUCAUUGUGUCUGAAGAUCCUGCCCUGCCCUACAUGCGUCCACCCCUUUCCAAAGAGCUGUGGUUUUCUGAUGACCCCAACGUGACAGAGACGUUGCGGUUCAAGCAGUGGAACGGCAAGGAGAGGAGUAUCUAUUUCCAGCCGCCGUCUUUCUACGUGCCUGUCCAGGACCUUUCUUCUGUGGAAAAUGGUGGGGUGGCAGUUCUGCCUGGCAAGAAGGUUGUGCACAUGGAUGUCAGAGGGAACACGGUGAAGCUCAAUGAUGGGACCCAGAUAUCCUAUGACAAAUGUCUCAUUGCCACUGGGGGAUCCCCAAGGAACCUGCCUGCCAUCGAACGAGCAGGAAAGGACGUGCAGAAAAGGCUGACCCUGUUCAGAAAGAUCGACGACUUCCGAAGGCUGGAGAAGAUUUCCAGGGAAGUCAAGUCCAUCACAAUUAUUGGUGGUGGUUUCCUCGGCAGUGAGCUGGCCUGUGCUUUGGGAAGGAGAGCACGAACCCGAGGCCUGGAGGUGAUCCAGCUGUUUCCAGAGAAGGGCAACAUGGGCAAAGUCCUGCCCGAAUACCUGAGCAAUUGGACCACGGAGAAAGUUAGGAGAGAGGGGGUCAAUGUCCUGCCCAAUGCCGUGGUCAAAUCCGUGUCAGUGUCCGGGAACCGGCUGGUGAUUAAACUGAAGGACGGCCGGAAGGUGGAGACGGAUCACAUCGUGGCUGCAGUGGGGCUGGAGCCCAACGUGGAACUGGCCAAGUCAGCAGGGCUGGAGGUGGACUCGGACUUCGGGGGGUUCCGGGUGAACGCGGAGCUGCAGGCGCGCUCCAACAUCUGGGUGGCAGGGGAUGCUGCCUGCUUUUAUGACAUCAAACUGGGCCGGAGGCGCGUGGAGCACCACGAUCACGCCGUGGUGAGCGGGAGACUGGCUGGAGAAAACAUGACAGGAGCUGCAAAGCCCUACUGGCACCAGUCCAUGUUCUGGAGUGAUCUGGGCCCCAACGUGGGGUAUGAAGCCAUUGGCCUCGUGGACAGCAGUUUGCCCACAGUGGGAGUGUUUGCCAAGGCCACAGCGAAGGACACGCCAAAAAGUGCGACAGAACAGUCAGGGACUGGAAUUCGAUCUGAGAGCGAAACGGAAGCGGAAGCCUCAGAAGUUCAGAUCUCUCAAAGCUCUUCACCAACGCCUCAAGUCCCAAAGCAAGGAGAAGAUUACGGCAAAGGUGUCAUUUUCUACCUCAGGGAUAAAGUCGUGGUGGGAAUUGUGUUAUGGAAUAUCUUCAACAGGAUGCCCAUUGCUCGGAAGAUCAUCAAAGAUGGGGAGGAGCACGAAGACCUCAAUGAAGUAGCAAAGCUCUUCAACAUCCAUGAAGACUGAACUCUGCAGAAGGAACUGCUGGAGGGAGCAGGCUGCUGGCUCUGUGCACCCCUGCACCUUGGGCAGCUUCCUGGGAGCAUUUGGGAAUAUUCCACUCACCCAAGCCCAGUGUUUGCACCAAUAAAAUCAGAUUGUUCUAGUCACCUGCUCCUUCCUGCACCACUGCCUGGCUCGUGAGGAAAGGGGAACAUGCUG